CUGUAAACAACUGGUCUCAUCCACAUGCUACAAUUCAGGAUUGUCAUUACGUGUCAUUGUGACGUGGAAUUCAGUGGAGUAGUACAAUCAUAAAUCUAGGAACAGAAAGAUCCAAGAGUAUGUGAGAGUGACAGCUUUCUCCACGCAGCUUUCCAAGAGUUUGAGGUUCAGUCUGCAACUAAGAUUGGCAUAUAAAGAGGAGAGGAUCGAAGUUAAUAGCUCAGGGACAAAUCCAAUCAUAUUUCAUUUAGUUCUGUUGCAUCAGUCACCAUGAAUAGGAUUCUGGCUUGCAGAGAACUCAGAGCCAGAGCGCCCCGGACAGCCUUGAGCUGGUUCAGUUCAUUAAACAUCUCAAGAUCUGUUCAUGGGUUACCCUUUGCAACCGUUGAGGCAGAAGAGAUAUCUGGUUCACAGCCUGCUGAAGUACUAAACUUGGUGCAGGGGAAAUGGAAGAAAACUGCUAGAUGGAACACAAUUUUGGAUCCUUUAAAUGGGGAACCAUUCAUUAAAGUUUGUGAAGUAGAUGAAACAGGAAUUCAGCCGUUUGUUGAGAGCUUGUCCAAGUGCCCGAAGCAUGGUCUUCACAAUCCGUUCAAAGCACCAGAGAGGUAUCUUAUGUUUGGGGACAUAUCUGCAAAGGCAGCUCACAUGCUUUCGUUGCCAAAGGUUUUUGAUUUCUUCACAAGAUUAAUACAAAGGGUUGCUCCAAAGAGUUACCAGCAGGCUUCUGGUGAAGUUUAUGUUACUCGAAAAUUUCUGGAGAAUUUUGCUGGUGAUCAGGUCCGCUUCUUAGCAAGGUCUUUUGGGGUUCCUGGAAAUCAUCUCGGACAACAAAGCCAUGGUUUUCGUUGGCCUUAUGGUCCUGUGGCAAUUGUUACUCCCUUUAAUUUUCCUCUAGAAAUUCCUGUACUUCAGUUGAUGGGUGCACUUUAUAUGGGUAACAAGCCAAUCCUCAAAGUGGAUAGCAAGGUAAGCAUUGUUAUGGAGCAAAUGAUGAGGCUGCUUCAUUACUGUGGGUUACCAAUAGAGGAUGUUGAGUUCAUCAAUUCUGAUGGGAAGACAAUGAACAAGCUACUAUUGGAGGCCAAUACACGAAUGACCCUCUUCACUGGUAGCUCAAGAGUGGCAGAAAAAUUAGCUCUAGACUUGAAGGGUCGUGUUAAGUUGGAAGAUGCAGGAUUUGACUGGAAGAUCUUAGGGCCUGAUGUUCAGGAGGAAGACUAUGUUGCAUGGGUCUGUGAUCAGGAUGCAUAUGCAUGCAGUGGUCAGAAGUGCUCUGCACAAUCGAUGCUCUUCAUACACGAGAACUGGUCUAAGACUUCACUUCUAUCCAAAAUGAAAGAUCUGGCUGAGAGAAGGAACUUAGAAGAUUUAACCAUUGGCCCUGUCCUUACAGUCACAACUGAAACAAUGCUAGAACACAAGAAUAAAUUGCUUCAGAUAUCAGGUUCAAAACUACUCUUUGGGGGUGAACCCUUAAAGAACCAUUCCAUUCCACCCAUAUAUGGUGCCAUAGAACCUACAGCCAUUUAUGUUCCACUUGAAGAAAUACUGAAGGGAAAUAAUUUUGACCUUGUGACGAGAGAAAUUUUUGGGCCAUUUCAGGUUGUCACCGACUAUAGGAGUGAUCAACUCCCACUGGUGUUGGAUGCUGUAGAAAGGAUGCAUGCACACUUAACAGCUGCUGUUGUUUCAAAUGAUCCACUCUUUCUACAGGAAGUUAUUGGGAACUCAGUAAACGGGACUACUUAUGCUGGACUCAGAGCAAGAACAACUGGAGCUCCACAGAAUCACUGGUUUGGACCAGCUGGAGACCCAAGGGGAGCUGGCAUUGGGACCCCAGAAGCAAUAAAGCUCGUCUGGUCAUGCCAUAGAGAAAUCAUCUAUGAUGUUGGUCCACUUCCAAAGCAGUGGGAAAUUCCACCUUCUACUUAGAGAGUCAUUAUGGACCAGAUGAGAAGAACACGGGGCCUUCCGUUCGAUGUGAACAAGCAUGUAGUUGUAGGUUCUGACACAUCAGCUGAUGCUGCACAUAUUAGCUACCGUUGACCCUUAGACAUUUCUCAGUUGUGCAAUAAAAUGAAGGGAUUUUCUUCCCAAGCCUUCUAAUUGAUUAAUUGUCCCCUUUUCUUC